AUGCCCGGAGCGGCUGCAGGGACGGCGGCGACAGGAGCAGGCUCGGCAGGAGCGGCAGCAGCGGGGAUGCUCCCGGCUCAGGAGGCGGCCAAGAUCUACCACACCAACUACGUGCGGAACUCGCGGGCCAUCGGCGUGCUCUGGGCCAUCUUCACCAUCUGCUUUGCCAUCGUCAACGUGGUGUGCUUCAUUCAGCCCUACUGGAUCGGGGACGGCGUGGACACCCCGCAGGCAGGGUACUUCGGGCUCUUCCACUACUGCAUCGGCAACGGCUUCAGCCGAGAACUCACCUGCCAGGGCAGCUUCACGGACUUCUCCAGCCUGCCCUCGGGAGCCUUCAAAGCUGCCUCCUUCUUCAUCGGGCUCUCGAUGAUGCUCAUCAUCGCCUGCAUCGUCUGCUUCAUCCUCUUCUUCUUCUGCAACACAGCCACCGUCUACAAGAUCUGUGCCUGGAUGCAGCUGACCUCUGCUGCCUGUCUCGUCCUGGGUUGUAUGAUUUUUCCUGAUGGCUGGGAUUCAGAUGAGGUAAAAAGGAUGUGUGGUGAAAAGACAGACAAGUACACGCUGGGGGCUUGUUCAGUCCGCUGGGCUUAUAUCCUGGCAAUUAUUGGAAUCCUGGAUGCCCUGAUCCUCUCAUUUCUGGCAUUUGUGCUUGGCAACAGACAAGACAGCUUGCUAGCGGAGGAGCUCAAGUUGGAAAACAAAGAUGAUGGAAAUGCUUAAAACAAGUUAAGGUAGUAUGACACAGACUAAUUCCUACUAAGCCAAUCCUCACUAGAAUGAGCACAAAACAAAACGAUUAACAGCUUUUGU